GGUGCGUCCGAAAUCGCAUACUUGCACCCUAUUUAGUAUGCAAAAUGAGUAUGCGAGAUUUUUUAGUGCGUCCGAAACGUUAGAACGUACUAAAUAGUGCGCAUCAUGCAUACUCAUUCCGGAGAAUCUUUUGAGUGCGCAUCGAUGGACACUACCCGAGCAGAAAUUUCCCACAAUGCAAUGCAGCGGCGUUUGGUUGCUGCGCGCGCACCUUCGGCUGCGCAGAGCAACAAGAUGGAGGGGGCGUGUGCCGGAGCCGAGGAAAGUUGCAGCAUCACGCUACAAUUCAAAUGGACGGAUGAGAAGACGGAGCAGCUGAUCCGCUGGAGAGCAGCCAACAACAGCCUGUUCUCCGGCAAACGCAACGCUGCUGUGAAAGGAUUUGAAGGACAACUCGGCACACCCAGAUGCUCCAGGGUCCUCAUCAGGGGGCUGCAUGUCCUGCUCCUCCAUCAUGUCUCCAUUAUCCAGGCAGAUGUUGUGCAGGAUGGCACAGCAGGCAACAACCUCUGCAGAGAAGGUUGGACUAACCUCAAGGGCCUUAAAAAAGAUACUCCGCCAACGGCUUUUCAUCAUACCAAAGGCCCUUUCUAUGAUGCUCCGUGCCCGGGAGUGCCUUUGGUUGAACCGAGCCUGUACAGGGUUCUGCACAGGCUCUCGGUAAGGUGUAAUCAGGCAGAUGGGGGAAGCCAGGCAGGGGUAACCUCCAUCUCCCAGUAUGCACUUCCCCUCUGGUGGAUAGAGCUGCCUGACAUAUACCGGGCUGUUUUUAAGCACCCGAGCAUCAUGGACAGACCCUGGGAAACCCACAAAGAUAUCCAGGAAGCGCCCCUGAUGGUUGCAGAUGGCCUGCAGCUGUACAGAGUGGAAGAGCUUCCUGUUCAGGUAGCAUUGGUUGUUACCAGCAGGAGGCUUUAUCCUGAUGUGGCAGCCAUCAAUUGCCCCCACAACCACACUGAACAUGUCGGAUCCAGCCAGGUGAGUGAAUCCAGAGCUGACUUCCUCCAGCUGGUGGUCACCUCUGGGGAAGUGGAUUACUCUGCCCAGAAUGCUCAGGACAGCUUUGCUCACCCUGUGGACGAUGUCAUGGACGGUGGAUCUGGGGAUGUCAAAGGCAGUUGACACAACCCUGUAUGACGCAGCAUGAGCCAGCCAAUAUAAAAAUAAAAGGACCUCAAUAUCCUUGGCCCAACCAUGCGCUGACUCCAGCUCGAGGGCAGCAACCAAGGCAGUGAUGGAGGGUCUCGAGAGCCUGAGGUUGGGGCGCAGGUCCACCAGAUCAUCCAAAUACUGCCUUAUGAUGGGCACU